AGUGUGUGUGGGUAACAAUUUUCCCUCCCGCUCUCGAGAAUCCAAAAAUAACCACAAAAACCGGAUAGCUUUUCACAACAAUCUUCCAUGUCGAGCACCACAAACGAAUGGAAUAAUCGACAUCGUUCGAAUUAAGACCAUGCCGUAUUCGCUUUUGCACGAAGCAGGCUUUUGUAUUCGCUGCGCCUUGACAAGCAGAAUUAGCCGCCUGCGGGCAACCUUUCACGGCGACAAUCCGCGCUAGAGCUCCGGUAUGGUUUGACUCAGCCUGCGGUGUGUGUCAUCGGAUCAAUUAGACCACUAAUCGAACAGUGUUUCCUCUGAAAACUAGUCACUUGUUCAACUGUUUUUCCAUUCUGCGGUGAUAUACCAUAAAAAAUUUCUCGGAAUAAUCGACUGAAGUUCCAUGCGGCGAUUCGAACACUGCUGUUACCGAUUUCUAAGCCUAAAAACGACCGAACGCAGUUGAUCGUCCUUUGUUUAUUGUUGACAUCUGUGUUAGUAAUCGUCUGCUAAUUACGCUUGAGCUGAGUUGAAACGUAACACUUCUGUUCGUCUCGGAAGAAUUUUUGUUUGUUAUUUGAUGGCGUAGACUUUCGCCGAAGUGUUUUUUAUUUGUUAAUUUAUUUGACAGUGGAAAUGAAAAGAUUUGUUUUUAUAUGAUGGGAAUAAUUACCAAGCACGACUUUUAUAGUUUCGGUGUCGGACUGCGACACCCUACCUGUUAUUAGUGGGGCUUGUUAUUACAAAUAUUUCGUCAACAUGAGUGGAUAUUCACCGGAGGAAAGGAUUAGAGAACUUGAGCAGAUGUUCCUGGGAGGUCCGAUAAUAGCCAAUGGAAAAAGUUUCAGUAUUGAAACCCUAUUGGACAUUCUGUUGGUGUUAUUUGAUGAAUGCUGUAAUUCUACAUUACGGCGAGAAAAAACAGUGUCUACUUUUAUAGAGAAUGUAUCGCCUGUUGCCCAGAAAGUUAAAAGCUUACGCUUAACGAAAGAGGAUUUCGAAAUUUUAAAAGUUAUCGGCCGAGGAGCAUUCGGUGAAGUUGCUGUUGUUAAACAAAGAAAUACAGAAAAAGUAUAUGCCAUGAAAAUUCUAAACAAAUGGGAAAUGUUAAAAAGAGCUGAGACGGCCUGUUUUCAAGAAGAAAGGGAAGUGCUAGUCUACGGUGAUAAAAGGUGGAUCACGAAUCUCCACUACUCUUUUCAAGAUGAUGUAAAUUUGUAUUUAGUUAUGGACUAUUACUGUGGUGGCGAUCUUUUAACAUUGUUAAGCAAGUUUGAAGACAGGCUUCCAGAAGAUAUGGCUAGAUUUUAUAUUUGUGAAAUGGUGCUCGCUAUAGACUCUAUUCAUAAGUUACAUUAUGUGCAUCGGGACAUCAAACCUGAUAAUGUAUUAUUAGAUGCCAACGGCCACAUAAAAUUAGCUGAUUUCGGUUCCUGUUUAAGAUUAUUAGAAGAUGGGAUGGUCCAAUCUAACGUUGCUGUUGGAACACCAGAUUAUAUAUCACCUGAAAUUUUACGAGCUCAUCAAUACUCCCUGCAGGCAAUGGAAGACGGUAAAGGAAGGUACGGAGCCGAAUGUGAUUGGUGGUCUUUAGGUGUGUGUAUGUAUGAAAUGCUGUAUGGAGAAACGCCUUUUUACGCUGAAUCUUUGGUCGAGACGUAUGGAAAAAUCAUGAAUCAUAAGAAUUGCUUCGACUUUCCUGAUGAUCCAAGUUUCCAAGUCUCCGAAGAAGCGAAGGAUUUGAUGCGGAGGCUCAUCUGCAGCCCUGAAGUGCGCUUAGGUCAGAAUGGUUUGGAAGACUUCAAGAACCAUCCUUGGUUUAUGGGAGUUAAUUGGGCCACAAUCCGUGAAACGGAAGCACCGUACAUUCCCGAAGUUAGCAGCCCCAGUGAUACGUCUAAUUUUGAUGUUGACGAGCCAGAUUUGAAAGGAUCGGAUUCUGUGCCACCGAGUUCAAAUUCUGUUUUCUCUGGCCUUCAUCUCCCUUUUGUUGGCUUUACUUUCUCUGCUAAAAGUCGAUUAUCGGGAUUUGGCAUGCAAAAUGGAAUCGAUUAUCACGGAGACGAAAACCAUUUUGUUUAUGAACAGCGGAUACAGAAACUCGAACACGAUAAGAUGGAACUACAGAGGCGACUCAGGGAAAUGUCGAAAUUUUUUAAACAACAAGGCUUGAUUAUGGACGGAGAAGAUUUCGGCAAAAACAGGAAUUCGGAAGCAGAAAGUCGUAAAUUGCAAGAUGAGAUAAACAGCCUUAGGAAAAGAAAAUCAGAAUUAGAAGUUGAAACAAGCAAACUUCGGAAGGAGCAUCGAGAUAUGAUGUGCGGAAAGCAAGAACUAGAUUCUUUGCAAGAUGAAAAGAUUCUACGAAUCCGAGAGUUGGAAAAAGCUCUUAGAUUUGCAAAAGCUGAAAAUGAUGAUCUUCAUAGGGAUCUUAUGGACUGUCACGAGAAGCUGAAACUCCAGGCCAAAGAUUUGAAAGAUGCCUUAGGCCAGCGGAAGCUUGCCAUGACUGAGUAUGCUGAAGUUAGUGAUAAGUUAUCAGAACUAAGGGCCCAAAAGCAGAAAUUGUCCAGACAAGUGAGAGACAAAGAAGAGGAAUUAGAAACAGCUAUGCAGAAAAUUGAUAUAUUGCGCCAAGACCUGAGGAAAGCUGAAAAGUUCCGUAGGGAGACCAAAAUAUUCUUGCAGUUUGAGGCCCGCAUUGAAGAAGCCCAAUCUGAAGCAACUAAAGAACGCAGGCUUCGAGAACGAACAGAAGAAUAUGCUCACCAUCUGGAAGAUGAGAUGGAAGCAAUGAAACAAAGGCAUAUUGGCAGAGCGCCAAGUCCUGUUCAUCUGGAAGCACUGCAGGAAGUUAACAGAUUAAAAAUGGAAUUGGAGAGAAUGGAUUUACAUAAGAAUGAAGCUCUUACAGAACAGCAAGCUAGACAUCACAUAGAUAUAGCAGCUCUCCAUGAACAACUCAGAGAAGCUGAUAUAACUAUUGAAGCAAUGGAAAGAGAGAUUAUGUCACUAAAAGAAAAAAUCGAAGUAGCUCGCUCUGAGAGCUCUGCAGAGAACAAAGAGAUGAUGAGCGAAUUGAAGAAAGUUCAUGAAAGAGAGAAAAACAUCUUACAGGAAGAAACUAGAAAGCUUGAACAGGAAGUUGAUAGGUUAACCCAGGUUGUAAACAGACAACAAGAAGAUCGCCAUAAAAAUGAUGACGACAUCAACCACCUUAAAGAUAAAAAAGAUUCCAUCGCCAAAUGGGAGUCUCAAGUGUCUGAAAUCAUUCAAUGGGUGAGUGAAGAGAAGGAUGCCCGAAGCUAUUUACAAGCUUUAGCUAUCAAGAUGACGGAAGAGUUAGAAAACAUCAAAAGUAGCGGCCUCACUCCAUCCACUGCUGAGAAGAACUGGCGGAAUAGACGCUCACAGAAACUUGAAAAGAUGGAAUUACUCAAUCUUCAAUCUAGUCUAAACAGUGAGAUACAAGCGAAACAGUCAAUUGCGGAUGAAUUGAGUAAAGUCAGGGCGGAACUAGUUUUAGUACAAAAAGAACUGAAAGAAACAAAACAGAAAGUAGAGAACUUGAAGAAUGAUUCUUCGAAGAAAGAUCAUAUUAUUCGAGAUUUGCAGCAAAAAUUAGAUUCUGCAGGAGACAACUAUCAAUUUUUGAAAAAUACUCGCCUUGCUCGUAGUGAAAGUGGUGAUUCAGCUGGUGCUGGUGAUGAAGCCGAUGUUGAGGAUAACCAGCCACCAUCUGUUGCCAGCAGUAAAUCCAAUGCAUCGGACAACAGUGGGGAAAUGUUGUCAGCUCCUGUAUCACCAAUUAUAGAAACCAGAACUUCUAGUUUACCACCAAAACCCAAAGCCCAUCAAUUUUUGGUACGAACAUUUGUAGCACCGUUAAAAUGCAAUCAUUGUACUUCACUCAUGGUUGGUCUAAUUAGACAAGGUGCAGUCUGUGAAGUGUGUGGUUUUGCCUGUCAUGUUGUUUGCCAAGAAAAAGUACCUGCCAUGUGCCCAGUGCCUCCUGAUCAAACUAAAAGGCCUGUCGGUAUUGAUCCAACUCGUGGUAUCGGUACAGCAUAUGAAGGAUAUGUAAAAGUUCCAAAACCAGGUGGUGUGAAAAAAGGCUGGAUGCGCCAAUUUGUCGUUGUCUGUGAUUUUAAACUUUUUCUAUAUGACUUAGCCCAGGACAAAAGUGCCCAACCUUACGUAUGCGUUUCACAAGUAUUAGACAUGAGGGAUGAAGAUUUCUCUGUCAAUUCAGUACUAGAAUCUGAUGUCAUUCAUGCUAACAGGAAGGAUAUUCCUUGUAUAUUUAGGAUAACUACAUCUAUGAUGGAUCCACCUGGUCUGAAGAAUCAGACUCUUAUGCUAGUUGAUCGAGAGAGCGAAAAGAACAAAUGGGUGGAUGCACUCACUGAGCUUCAUCGUAUCCUCCGUAGAAACAAAUUGCCAUCUCGAACUGUUUUCCAAGCCAAAGAAAUUUUAGAUAACACUAUUUCAAUUGUUAAAAAUGCCUUAUCUGCUGCCAUUAUUGAUCGUGAGAGAAUUGUUUUAGGCACCGAGGAAGGACUUUAUUGUGUUGAUUUAGACCGAGAAGGUAUUCAAAAAAUAGCUCGAAUAGGAGAUGGUAAGAAAAUAUCUCAAAUUGAAUAUGUACCUGAGGAGCAACUUCUAAUAGCAGUGUCUGGUAAGCAAAGACAUAUCCGACUGAUCCCAGUCGGAGCUUUGGACGGGCACGACGUAGACUGGAUAAAAGUAGUCGAUACCAAGGGUUGCCUUACUUUUGACACUGCCUGCUACUCUCAAGGGUGCUCUUCCAACUACGUUUUUUGUAUAGCUCUUAAGAGACAGGUGGUGCUGUAUGAUAUAAACCGAACAAAAAGUCGCCACCAAAAACGCCGUGAAAUUUGUUUACCAACUUCUGCUCAGUGCCUCAACGUGAUGGGGGAUAGGCUAUGUGUGGGCUUUCCUUCGUCAUUUUACAUAUACUCCUUGUGGGAAGAAACACCACCAUUUUGUUUGGUAAAUACUGAAACUGCAGCUCUGUCCUAUCUUUGCCAUAAUCCUAUGGAUGCUUUAAUUGCUGUCAAUCUUCCAAACAACGAAUUUCUUCUAGUAUUUAGUUAUUUAGGAAUUUUUGUCGAUGGACAGGGGAGAAAAACUAGAGAAAAAGAACUUAUGUUCCCUGCCUUACCUACAGGAAUUAGUCAAAGAGAUGAAUAUUUAUGUGUAUAUAGCGAUUCUCAUAUAGACAUCUUUGAAGUUAGUACAGGAGACUGGGUCCAAACAGUGAAUUUAAAAAAGACCAAACCACUUUCCACAAACGGAAUGUUGUGCCUGACGUUGGCAACGGAGCUUCCCCAUAUUGUUUACUUACACAACGUCCAGCACCGGGAAAACCAGAUUCGGGUGCCUGAAGUCACGAUCCACCAUGUGAAGGAGAGGUCUGGGAAAACAGUGCUAUCUCGGACCAGACGAAGGUUCUCCGUAAGAGAACCCGAGAAAGUAAAAGUUGGGAAAGGUUUAUUGAGAUCAUUGAUGUCUAAUGACAGCAAUACAGCAGAACGAAGGUCUCGAAUGAUUUCUGCCCCUACCAAUUUUAACCACGUCUCACAUAUGGGCCCCGGUGAAGGUAUUCAACUCCAGAAACUUAUGGAUCUCCCUGCUGUAAAACCCGCCACUCAACAACAGUGCCAAACACCUAUCCAAACUCCUACCUCUGUCUCCACUCCUGUAUCUUCAGAUGAGAGAUCCCAAAGAGCUCGAAGUGUGCCACAGCCCAAACCUCUUCCAAGAGCACUCCAGGAUAGUGGAAGCAGAAGAAACGUUCACAAUGGAUCAGCAUCAAACAAACACCCCUCAUUCAUGAAUCCAUGGAAUCAAAGACCACCUGGAAACACAGGCUCUCCUGAUGGGUCUGGAUCAGUAUCUUCACAAGAGCAUUCAACCCCUAGUGUGCAUACAGCAGGUUCAGCACAAGCACAUUCUUCAGGCCACGAAGAAGCACACGAGCAGUCAAGUCCCCGCCAUUCUAUAGCAUCAAACACAAGUUCUAAUGUGAGCUAUCCUCCAAGCCCCAGGGAGAGGCGAACGACUGCCCCCAAUGCUGCAACAGUUCCCCUUCUUCCUCUACAUCCACCUACAGAUGACCAUGGAGGAUCUUCUAGCUAUGAAUCUCAAAGCUAGUACUUUUCAGUGAUCAUUGCUACUGGUCUGGUAAAAUAAGAGCAGGUCAUGAGAGAACAGUUAUUUUCAAUUCAACACAUGCAUUUAUUUAUUUGCAAAUAUUUUCAUGUUAUACUGUUUAAAGAAUUUCUGAGAGUAUUAUUUUUUAUUCAGGUAUAUUUUUCGGUGUUUAUUUAUUUAUAUGCAGUUUAUUUCAACCCCUUUUGUUUGAAAUAAUCAUGGUUCACUAUUAUGAUUAUUUACUUUCUAGUCUUCUAUUACAAAUUACCUCAUUUUCCUUUUUUUUUUUAAUAGUCUUCUUGGCUCUUUUUAUUUGUAAAACUUCACUUCUUUCUAACUUGUUAUUAAGUGAUUGGAAAUAUUAUUAUUAUUAUUUUUUUCUUAAAUGCAACAGCUUGUUUAUGCAAGGAAAAGGAGCAAAUAGUAUUCAAUAUUCAAAAACAGUUUAAUAUUAUUCUAUCAUUCGCAUAACUGGUAAAGGUCAUAAAUUUUUACUUAAUAUAUUUCAUCAGAAAAUAUCUCUCCUGCAUAUUUAGUUGAUUAUUUUCAUUCCCUAAGAUAAAACCCAGCUUGCUAUUUAGCAGAAAUAUUUUCUAAUAAAAUACUGUCCCUUUUCUUUUUUUUUUUUUUUUUUAUCAUGCAUUUCAACACAAGGGGUUAAAUCUGAACUUCGUUCUUUUUUUUUUUUUUUAUGCUUGCAAAAUGCCUAUUUUUAUUUUUUUUUUAAAUGCAGUGCAUCAUUCAGUGUUAUUCAACAUAUAUACAUAUAAGAACAGUUGAUUUAAAUCUUUUAAAAUGUAGUUCUAAAAAUUCUCAGUGUUUGAUAACAACUCAGAAAUCAGUGUUCAAGUUUAAACAAUAGAAUAUUUGUCAGUUUCAAUAUAACUCACAUUGUUACCAACUUACAGUCAUUAUCUUAACAAAAAAUAAAUAAAUAAAAAAAAGAAGCAUUAGAUUUGGAGUGUAUUUAACUCAUUCAAGCCAAGUCUGGGCUUCCUUUAAACUAUGCAGAAUGAUACAUUUUAAAUGUCAAAAUGUUAGAUCUAGGGACAGUGAGAAAAACUUAUGUAAUUGCCUGAAAGAUUUGAUAUCAACUUGAAUGGCAUCCUUUAAUGUGAUGGUUUCCCAUUUGUGUACUUAAUAAAUACUGCAUGCAAGGCUAGAGCUUUUUGAAGAAUAUGGUUGAUAUUUGACACAGGAUUCUUAAAUUAAAUGCAACUCCAGGUGUACCAAUACCUGUCUGCAUUUGUAAAUAUGUAUUAUUUUUUAAUCAUACUGUAGACUUGAAAA